AAGGCUGCAAGAAAAUCCUCGUAGCUGACUCUUUGUCGUUGCUGAAGAAAAUGCACAGAACCCAAAUGAAAGGUGUUCUGGUCGAUGAAGAGAAUAUCUGUGAAUCGUGCCUUUCUCCCAUCCUCCCAACAGAUGCGGCUAAGCCCUUCAGUGUGGUGGUCUUCCACUGUCGACACAUGUUCCACAAGGAAUGCCUACCCAUGCCAAGCAUGAACGCUCCUGCACAGUACUGUAACAUCUGCAGUGCUAAGAGCCGUGGACCAGGAAGUGCCAUCCUGGAGAUGAAGAAGUAGCCCUGCGUGUUAUC